GCCAUUCUAGAAGCUCGUAAACGGCGAGCCGAGCGGAAGGAGGCGGAAGCUGCUACUGCAUUAGGGCCGAGGGCAGAUGAUGAUGGUGUUGAUAAUGGUGAUGAGGAGGUGUAUCCGAGGACGAGCAUCUACGACCCUCUCGGGCCCCCAAUCGAGGUCCCAACGGCCUCUAAACCGUCUGGGGUGUGGAGCAAGCUACGGUUCUGGUAG